CCACCCAGCAGACGGGUUGGCGAGUUCCGGGCGGCGAGUCCUCGCGCCUUCCCCUCCUCCAGCCGCCCUAGUUGCUCCAGCUGCGCGGGGAGCCCCGAAGCCGCCGCCGCAGAGGGUGUGCCAGCGCCCCAAGCCCACAGGUCUGUCCAUGGAAAGAACAGAUCUGUUAAUUAGCCAGGCCCACCAGUUUCAGCUUGGCCAACUCCGGAUGACUUUCCAAGGGUCCCUGGAGACUAAACUACCAGGAACAUCAGAGACCCUUCAAGCCAGAUGCUCCGUGCUGAGAAACCUCUGACAUCUGGAACAAGUACUACUGUCGACAGACAAGAAAGAAAGCCUGGAACUUCCUUUGUGAAUGUCUUCUUUCAUUUUCGGAAAAGCCACAGGGACUUGAUUCUGCAGCUCCUGUUUGUCCUGCAGCCCCUCUGCUUGCCUGUCAGAAGUCAACAUGUCACUGAAAAACGAGCCGAGGGUAAACACUUCAGCGCUGCAGAAAAUUGCCGCAGACAUGAGCAAUCUGAUAGAAAACCUUGACACGCGGGAACUCCACUUUGAGGGAGAGGAGGUGGAUUUUGAUGCCUCUCCUGGAGACCCCAAGACUCAGGAAGAGUACAUCCCAUUCUCUUCGAUUUACAACACACAAGGAUUUAAGGAGCCCAACAUCCAGACCUACCUCUCCGGCUGUCCCGUAAAAGCCCAAGUCCUGGAAGUGGAGCGCUUCACGUCUACCAGCAGGGUGCCAAGUAUCAAUCUGUACACUAUUGAAUUAACACAUGGGGAGUUCACAUGGCAAGUGAAGAGGAAAUUCAAGCACUUCCAAGAGUUCCAUAGGGAGCUUCUCAAGUACAAAGCCUUCAUCCGCAUCCCCAUUCCCACCAAAAGACAUACUUUCAGAAGACAGAAUGUCAAAGAAGAGCCCCGAGAGAUGCCCAGUCUGCCCCGUUCAUCAGAAAACGCAAUCCAGGAAGAGCAGUUCUUCGGCAGGAGGAAGCAACUGGAAGAUUACUUGACAAAAAUACUAAAGAUGCCCAUGUACAGAAACUACCAUGCCACGACAGAGUUCCUUGAUGUCAGCCAGCUGUCUUUCAUCCAUGAUUUGGGACCAAAAGGCCUGGAAGGGAUGAUCAUGAAAAGGUCCGGGGGACACAGGAUACCAGGUCUGAAUUGCUGUGGCCAGGGAAGAGCCUGCUACCGGUGGUCAAAAAGGUGGUUAAUAGUGAAGGAUUCUUUCCUGCUGUACAUGAAGCCGGACAGUGGGGCCAUCGCCUUUGUCCUCCUCGUAGACAAAGAAUUCAGAAUAAAAGUGGGAAGAAAAGAAACAGAGACAAAAUACGGACUUCGAAUUGAUAAUCUUUCAAGGACACUGAUUUUGAAAUGUAACAGCUACCGGCACGCUCGGUGGUGGGGAGGAGCCAUAGAAGAGUUCAUUCAGAAGCAUGGCACGGACUUUCUCAAAGACCAUCGCUUUGGUUCCUAUGCUGCGGUCCACGACAACACAUUAGCUAAAUGGUAUGUGAACGCCAAAGGUUACUUUGAAGAUAUCGCAAAUGCAAUGGAAGAGGCAAUGGAGGAGAUUUUCAUCACUGACUGGUGGUUAAGCCCAGAAAUCUUCCUGAAGCGUCCAGUGGUGGAAGGCAACCGCUGGAGGCUGGACUGCAUCCUCAAGCGGAAAGCGCAACAAGGUGUUCGGAUUUUCAUCAUGCUUUACAAGGAGGUGGAGCUAGCCCUCGGGAUCAACAGUGAAUACAGCAAGCGGACUUUGAUGCGGCUGCACCCCAACAUAAAGGUGAUGAGGCACCCAGACCACGUGUCCUCCAGUGUCUAUCUGUGGGCUCAUCACGAGAAGCUCGUCAUCAUCGACCAAUCACUGGCGUUUGUGGGUGGGAUUGACCUCGCCUAUGGGCGGUGGGAUGACGAGGAACACAGACUCACCGACGUGGGCAGUGUGAAGCGGGUCACCUCAGGACUGUCCAUGGGCUCUCUCGCAGCAGCAACAAUAGAAUCUAUGGAAUCCUUAAACCUCAAGAGUAAUCACGAAGCUCAUAAAAAUGAGCCCAUCCUGAAGAGUGCCGACGACAUAGACGGCAAGCUGAAAGGAAUAGGCAAGCCCCGGAAGUUCUCCAAAUUUAGUCUCUAUCGACAGCUGCACCGUCGUCAUCUGCACAACUCCGACAGCGUCAGCAGCAUCGACAGCGCCUCCAGUUAUUCUAGCCACUAUAGAAGUCACCAGAAUUUAAUCCAUGGUUUAAAGCCCCACUUGAAACUCUUUCGCCUUUCCUGUGAGUCUGAGCAGGGACUCACUAGGCACGGCACUGAUACUGGCUCCAUCCGAAGCGUGCAGACAGGCGUGGGAGAGCUACAUGGGGAGACCAGGUUUUGGCACGGGAAGGAUUACUGCAACUUUGUCUUCAAGGACUGGGUUCAGCUGGACAAGCCUUUUGCUGAUUUCAUUGACAGGUACUCCACCCCCCGGAUGCCUUGGCACGAUAUUGGUUCUGUGGUCCACGGGAAGGCAGCUCGUGAUGUGGCUCGUCACUUUAUCCAGCGCUGGAACUUCACCAAGAUUAUGAAGCCAAAAUACCGCUCCCUUUCUUACCCUUUCCUGCUUCCCAAGUCUCAAACUACUGCGCAUGAGCUGAGGUACCAGGUGCCUGGGACAGUCCCUGCCAAAGUGCAGUUGCUCCGGUCGGCAGCUGAUUGGUCUGCUGGGAUAAAGCACCACGAGGAGUCCAUCCACGCUGCCUACACCUACGUAAUCGAGAACAGCAAGCACUACAUCUACAUUGAAAACCAAUUUUUUAUAAGCUGUGCCGAUGAUAAAGUCGUGUUCAACAAGGUGGGCGAUGCUAUUGCCCAGAGAAUCCUGAAAGCCCACAGGGAAGGCCAGAGAUACCGGGUGUACAUCGUGAUACCGCUGCUGCCGGGAUUCGAAGGAGACAUCUCCACAGGUGGAGGGAACGCAUUGCAAGCGAUAAUGCACUUCAACUACAGAACCAUGUGCCGGGGCGAGAACUCCAUCCUCGGACAGUUAAAGCCAGAGCUUGGGAAUCAGUGGAUAAAUUACAUAUCGUUUUGUGGCCUGAGAACACACGCGGAGCUGGAAGGGAACCUCGUCACCGAGCUCAUCUAUGUCCACAGCAAGCUGCUAAUUGCUGAUGAUAACACGGUUAUUAUUGGUUCUGCCAACAUCAAUGACCGGAGUAUGCUGGGGAAGCGAGACAGCGAGAUGGCCAUCAUAGUGGAGGACACAGAGACGGUCCCCUCACUUAUGGAUGGGAAAGAAUACCAAGCUGGCUGCUUCGCCCGGGAACUUCGGCUGCAGUGCUUCAGGCUUGUCCUUGGCUAUCUUUCUGAUCCAAGUGAGGACCUUCAGGAUCCUGUAAGUGACAAAUUCUUCAAGGAGAUUUGGGUUUCGACAGCAGCUCGGAAUGCUACUAUUUAUGACAAGGUGUUUCGCUGCCUUCCAAAUGAUGAAGUGCACAACUUAAUGCAGCUGAGGGACUUCAUAAGCAAGCCCAUAAUGGCAAAAGAUGACCCCAUUCGUGCCGAGGAAGAACUGAGAAAGAUCCGAGGCUUCUUGGUGCAGUUCCCAUUUUAUUUCUUAUCUGAGGAAAACCUGCUGCCUUCUGUCGGAACCAAAGAAGCCAUUGUGCCCAUGGAGGUUUGGACUUAAGACAGACUUCUUUGCAACUCAAGGACUUCCAGGGUGGAGACCACAUUGCAUAUGGUGACCUCCUAAGGGCCUCACAGCCAAAGUCAGGCCUGAUGCACUCCUGGGACCAACCCACUGGACUUUCUGGAGAGGCUGAGUGGGACAAGGGUCACACUGCUGGAAGGACACUCGGCAUAAGCAAGCCUUCGUUAUUCCUCCUGCCUACCCUCAAGGAAAGUGCUUAUGUUCUUGUUGGUAGUGUUGUUCAAACAAUGCCAAACACAGAUAUCAAAACCCAUCUCCUUUGCUAACAAGAACCUGCCUGUAACUGGGAUCCAAGUUGCCAAAAGUUGCCUGAUUCUCUUGCUCUCCUCUGAUGCUCAUCUGUGCAGCUGGGGCCCACCAGGCAUGUCCUCAGCUUGUCCAUACAGCCCUGUUUAAGAGACUGUUUAUCAGGGAAAAGUGUGGAGAGCCACUUUCAAAGUCCUCAAGAUUCCACAUGAGCUGUACCCUUCUGGUUCUGAUGGGAAUGUGUAACCAAGUCAAGAAGUUGCUUUUUGUUCCUUUUCCGUCACCGCUGGGACAAAAUAGGCUUUGCCUAGGUAUCCGCAUUAGGCACUUCUGAGGAGAACAACGCUGCAUCUUGACAAUAGGAAGGCAUUAAAUUCCAGUGCUUAAGAAGAAGUAUCCCUUGGUUUCCAAAGAUACUGCCAAGUGGUUGAACCCAUCUGAUAAAAUCUGUAAACACGUGCAGGGAAUGCCAAAACAUAGCAACCAGAUAAACACAGAAAGAAUCUCCAAGGUGUCAGUGGGAAUCCAGUUCAGAUAAAGGACAAGCUUCUCCAUUAAUAGAAUCCCUGUUCUACUUAGCCACUGGAUUGACCAAAAAGCUGGAUUUCUCCAUAAGCAAUCCAGUGGAUGCAAUUAGUCUUCCAAAAGAAUCAGAGGCAUCAUAAUGCCUUCCAGCUAAGAAGCAGGAGUCUAGCCUUAUUUACCCUAAGUUUUCCCGCUAUGUCUUCUUUAGGGGAAAAGUGAUUGGUUAUAAAGAUGAGUGACUUUGCUUACAUAUGAUGCAAUAACAUUCCAACACGACUUCCACAGAAGUUGCAAUAGUGAUUCACAUUGUCCCCAUGUGAAAAUGUGGAUAUCCACUUUCCCUUUCAGAGGGUAUGGUACCCUUUAGAGACCAAAUUUCAGCGUUCCUUUCGCAUCCCAGGAGUAUCUAUGGAUUCCUGAAAGCCUAGGGUCCUUUGGGGUUCUCUUCAAAACAACUCCUGACCCAUGUUCUGAUAAACAAAUAUGCUGGUUUGAAAGAUGACACAGGACCACAAAGCCAGUGUUAGGGGUUAGUAACGGAGUGACACUCACAUCAAGGGAGGAUGGGAUCAUUCCACAAAUGAGGUGGGAUUUGUAAUCAACAUUGAAAAUGAAUAUGUUUUUAUGAAUAAAUAAAUUAUUUCUUAUAUGGCCAAGGAUGGUGACUAUACAGAUAAAGAUAAGAUUACAUUUAAAAUAUUCAUUGUGCAUGGAAUAAUUAAAGAUUUAUGGUAUUUUAAUUAAAAAAAAUCUUUAAAAUGUUAAAGUAGCUAACCAGCUGCUCUUGGUUUUGUAUACAGUGUUCUCAUAAGAACAUAAAGAACCAGUAAGGGCCCCAAAUAAAUCAUCUACUUUGACCCUUUCCUAUUGUAUAGAUGAGGGAACUGAGACUUGUAUUGGAGGAAGGGAUGAUGUAAGCCGCCCAACAGAUGUGCAAUAGGCUUCUGUAGCCAGUGUCAGCCUCUCGUCGCUUCAUGAUCACCCCGAACUGAGGACAUGCAACCUGCUGUUCUGAAUCCUGUGAACUGUGUUUAUUUGUCUCUGCCUGCUAGACUGGGAGCCACACAUAGCAGGAACUUCGUGGGUUCUUUAGUCUUCAGAGCCUGAAAUCGUGCCCAAUGCAAAGGGGGUGCCAACAAAUAUUUGGGAGCCAAUAUGAUAUAGAAGAGGGAGCCAAUGAAAACCACACUGAAUCUUCCUGCUGGUAAACUUCUGUGGCAAGUUUUCCCACUGCAUCCUCUCGAAGAUGAGAUGCUUACCUGCAAAGAGAUUUACGUGGAGGGGCCUUGUGGGAAAUUCAAGUGUAAUGAAUACCUUCCUGUGGUAACUGUUUACAGAGUCCGACCGUCUACCAAGAUGCACAGGACACGGGCAGGAGCUCGACCACAAGCUCAUUGCCUGCCAUUCUUGGACACCACUACUGCCUUCUAGAACUACAGCGCCAUAUCUGAUGAAGACUUUAAAAUGUUAACGGUCUGUGUCUUGAGAAGCUGUUUCAGAUCUGCUCAGUGUUCGAGAUUAACCACAAUCUCUUGAAAUGCCCAUCAGUGCGCACCUAAUGGCCUGCCAAUCUCUGUCAUAACUUUUGUUUUUAAGAAGCCAAAAAGCCUAUUGUUAAAAGAAGUGAAGAGUAGGUGCUUGAGGGAGCUGCUGUGGACAUGCGCCAAGCUUAGUGCUGUGGUAGCAAGUGGGGUACAGCAAUUCCCUUCAAAUCAAGUGUCUUUGCAGUGGGGCGGUCUUAAUCCUGAGCCACAGCGCAGCACAGAGCGGUGGAAGGGGCUGAUGGCGAAAUAAAAAUCUUUGUUUUUAAA